AUGAAGAGACACCAGAGAAUCCACAUGGAAGAGAAACCUUAUCAGUGCCCAGAAUGUGGGAAGAGCUUCCGGUGGAAGGACAGCUUCCGGUUGCACCAAGGAAUGCACACAGGCAAUGGGCCAUAUGUGUGCUCUGAUUGUGGGAAAGGUUUCCUCCAAAAGGGACUGUAUUUGUCACACCAGAGAAUUCACACUGGAGAGAAACCCUUUGUGUGUUCUGAAUGUGGCAUAAGCUUCCGUGAAAGAAGGUCAUUAAACAGACAUCAAAAAAUCCACACAGCACAGAUAUUCUAUGAAUGUUCUGAGUGUAAGAAAGUUUUUCUUGAAAAGAAAUAUUUUCUUAUGCAUCAGAGAAUCCAUACAGGAGAGAGACCCUAUGAGUGUCCUGAUUGUGGAAGAGCCUUCUGUAACCAACAGACAUUGAACAGACACAAGACAAUCCACACUGAAGAGAAACCACAUGCAUGCCCAGAGUGUGGAAAACUGUUCCGACGGAAGCACCACCUUCUGUCACAUCAGAGAACCCACACUCGAGAGAAGCCAUAUGAAUGUGCUCAGUGUGGAAAAACCUUUCGAGAAAAAGGUGCAUUAACUAUCCACCAACGCAUCCACUCAGGAGAGAAACCCUAUCAGUGCCCAGUGUGUGGAAAAAGCUUUGCGUGGAAGGGCUUUCUUGUGUCACAUCAGAUAACUCACACCCAAGAGAAGCCUUAUGAGUGCUCAGAAUGUGGGAAAAGCUUUCGACGAAAGGCGAAUCUUCUGUCACAUCAGUUGACCCAUUCUGGAGAGAAAUCUUUCCAAUGCCCACAGUGUGGGAAAAUCUACCGGUGGAAGAAGAAUCUUCAAUUGCAUCAGAGGACCCACACUGAAAAUGGUCCUUAUGGAUGUUUGGAAUGUGGGAAAUGUUUUCGGCUGAAGGGAUUACUUGUUUCACAUCAGAGAACUCACACUCAAGAGAAACUCUUUGCAUGUCCUGAGUGUGCAAAAACCUUCUGCAAUAGAAAAACAUUGACAAGACAUCAGAUAAUCCACACAGGAGAGAGACCCUAUGAAUGCACUGAGUGCAGGAAAAACUUUUUACGAAAGCACACACUUACUGAACAUCAGAGAAUCCAUACUGGAGAGAAACCCUAUGAAUGUCUUGAAUGUGGAAAAAAGUUCCGAUUAGCGUGUUUGUUGCUUUCACACCAGAGAGUCCACCAAAGGAAGAAACAUCAUGAAAUCCUUGAAUGCGAUAAAGAAACUCUUCCAGUAGACAAAAGAACCCAGAUAGUGAAAGCCCAGAGUGACACAAGUUUGGAAGAACCACCCACAGAAGAUUAG